AUGACCAGUUACGAACACCUAGAGAUCCAAUACCCGUGGUCUCAGUAUGCCCCGCCCAUAUCCGUACACGCCGGAUCACUGCCACGUUCCUUGUCGCCAUGGUCCGACGACACGCCAUUCGUCGAACGUGAACAAACUAUUUGCUCCGAUUUCACAUGUUGCGGGUUGUCUCUCAGAGACCUUCACUCAUUGGUGGAUCACUUUGAGGAAGCACAUGUUGUAGUGUUCGACAACGCUGGGAAUGCUGUGUACCCGAACCCUAGUCCCAUCCUGCGCGUUUUAGAUCACGAGAACGAAGGUCCUUACAAGAGUUUUGUAUUGGGCUAUCCUGCACCAAAGGCUCCUGUGGCGUUUCUUGACCCGGAAUUUUGUUUCGAAUCAGCAUCCGAUCGCUCUUCACCCUCUGGCAGUUCAGAGUCGAUCAGUCCUGUAGAGACGAGUUCAGAGGAAUGUCUAUCACAAAACUCGUUCACAAAAGUGAAGAGCAAGCCAGUUCGCACUGGAAAACGAGUCCAUCGACCUGGUCAACGAAAAAAAGACAAGACAUAUAAUUGUCCCGCUCGGCGUAUUCAAGAGAAGAAAUCAACCCUAAUGGCAAAACAGACAUACUUGAAUGCAAAUGGGUUGAAAUAUCACCUCGAAAAAGGAACUUGUAAAAAUGAGAUGCCGAUGCCGGAGUUCUACCGCUAG